AUGGAGUCGAGUGGCGGCCGCGCGGAGGCCCCGGGUCGCGGCCCGCGGGUGCUGGUGGUGGGCGGUGGCAUCGCGGGGCUGGGGGCGGCGCAAAGGCUCUGCGGCCACCCGGCCUUCCGGCGGCUGCGGGUCCUGGAGGCCACUUCCCGCGCCGGCGGCCGCAUCUGCUCAGAGCGCAGCUUCGGUAACGGCCUUUCUCGUAACCCCUUUCCGGACCCCCUUUCUGGAACCCAGCGGGUGUCGCCCGAGCUCUGCCGCUCCUGGGGCUACCAGGGGCUCACAAACCGCAUAAUGGCCUCCUUGCCCGAGGACGUGGUAGUUUUUAACAAGCCUGUAAAGACCAUUCACUGGAAUGGGUCCUUCCGGGAAGCCUCUUCUCCUGGGGAGACGUGUCCGGUGUUGGUGGAGUGUGAGGACGGAGGCUGCUUCCCUGCACAUCAUGUCAUUGUCACUGUGCCCUUAGGUUUUCUUAAAGAACGUCUGGACACCUUCUUUGAGCCCCCGCUGCCCACCCAGAAGGCAGAAGCGAUCAGGAAAAUAGGCUUUGGGACCAACAAUAAAAUCUUCCUGGAGUUUGAGGAGCCCUUCUGGGAGCCAGACUGCCAGUUCAUCCAGGUGGUGUGGGAAGACACGUCGCCCCUGCAGGACGGCGCCUCCGAGCUCCAGCACGUCUGGUUCAAGAAGCUUAUUGGCUUUUUAGUCCUGCCUUCCUUCGAGUCUGCCCACGUCCUUUGUGGGUUCAUCGCUGGGCUGGAGUCCGAGUUCAUGGAGACCCUGUCCGACGAGGAAGUGCUUCUGUCUCUGACCCAAGUGCUCCGCAGGGUGACAGGAAACGCCGAGCUCCCCGCGCCCAGGAGCGUGCUGCGCUCGCGCUGGCACAGCGCCCCGUACACCAGGGGCUCCUACAGCUACGUGGCGGUGGGCAGCUCCGGGGACGACGUGGACCUGCUGGCGCAGCCCCUGCCUGCGGACGGCGCGGAGGCGCAGGUCCUGUUUGCAGGGGAAGCCACACAUCGGGCGUUUUACUCCACCACGCACGGGGCUCUGCUGUCUGGUUGGAGGGAGGCUGACCGGCUCAUCGCUCUGUGGGACACCCAAGCGCAGCUGCCCGAGCCCCGGCUCUGAGCCCCGCUCCUUCCAUUCCGAGCUGGGCUCUGCCCCUCCUGUGCCGGGGGAGGCUGCCACCAUCCUUUCUCUGACAGCGUCUGGCCUGGCCAAGAUUUGGGGAUAUUAAUGACAGCCUUCCUUUUUUUGGCGACUGGGGACAGCUCUCAUUUCUCACGUGUAUCAUGGAGUCUGGUCAGGGCCGAGCUUGAGCUGAGUGCGAGGUCUUCCUGGAGAAGUGUGACGCAAGGCGCCAGCACUGCUGCUGAGGGCGUGCACAUAAAGUGUG